AAAGUAGGCCUGACACUAGCCGAAUGCAGGUGUAAUGUGUAUCAUCUGCGCUUAAAUAUUAAAAUUGGUAACUUCAACAUUUCUGACAAGACCUUCUAUCACAACCAUUAUGCCAAAAAAUGAUAUCAACCAAUCUUCUAUUAAACCCAAUGAUGGUGGAAAUUUCAUGCCAGGAGAUGCAGAUGCAGCUAAUGAACCAAUACUUACCACCGAAGAUCUUGGGAAACUUCUUGGAAAACCAGUUUCUCAAGCUUCUAGAAGAAAUCUCACCGCAGCUGGAGAAAAUUAUGGGAGUGUCAUGCUUGCAGUGGACGUGGUUCUAGAGACAGGAGAACACGAAGCACUAGUGGCAAAAAUGUUCCCGAAAAACGAGUUCGCGCGGAAAAUGUUCCAGUCGCCACUGUCCAUGCGCAAGGAGAUAGACAUGUACCUGUCGGUGGGCCCGGAGCUGGAGAGGAUCCAGGCGGAGGCGUCGGUGCCCGCGGCACAGAGGCUGCGUGUCCUGUGCGGGUGUCCUGGCGCGCGGCUGUCCCUGGAGGACCACCAGGCCGAGGACCAGCUGGCGGACCAGGACUCCGUGCUGCUGCUGGAGAACCUGGCCGUGCAGGGCUACCGCACCGGGGACCGCGUGGCAGGUCUGGACCUGCGCCACGCAGAGUGCGCGCUGCAGCACCUGGCCCGCUUCCACGCCACGGCGGUGGCCAUCCGGGUCAAGAAGCCCUCCGUCUUCCAGACCAAGGUUCUCAGAGCGUUGAAGCCUUUCAAGGUCAUUGCGCGGACGAGAGAGGACGAGGAACAGAGCAAGCGCACGUUCCUCCGCAAGUUACGAAAAAUACCAAUUUGUGAAAAGCACAUAGAUUCUCUGGAGCAGUUGUUCAAAAAAAGCAUGGAGGAAAGAUACAGCGAUUAUUUCCCAGUACCCAAAGAGCCCUUUGCAACUAUCUUGCACAAUGAUUUCUGGACAAAUAACAUGAUGUUUAAAUAUGGCGAAGACGGAAAGGAACCGACUGACUUCAAAUUAGUUGACUUCCAGACUUGUCGCUAUGGAUCUCCUGUGCCUGAUAUAAUUCUGUUUUUGUUUACUAGUACGCAAACAGGUAUUGUAGAAGAAAAACUUGACCAUCUGUUAAAAUUUUAUCAUGAUUGCUUUCUGAAAUGGCUUGAAAUUUUAGGUUGCGAUACGAAAGAAUUCUCGUUUAACAGAUUUGUAGCGGAAAUUAAUGAAUAUGCACCUGAGACACUUGAUUUCAUCUUGUUUAUGUUGCGACCAAUCACACUCACUAAAGAAGAAGCUAAACAAUUUACUAAGGGUCCGAAUUUUGAUGCACUUGAAUUCAAUGAAAACUACACAAAAAGAGUUUCGAAUGUAAUAGAUAUUUUUGUACAGAAAGGAUGGAUACAUUAAAUAAAAUAAAAAAUGUUACAGGCAUCUUAACACGUA